UAGCCACAAGCGAAUGGGGCACACACCUGUAGGAAAAGUACAUACUGGAUGUGGGAAGUACAACUGGAUGUGGAAGCAGUUCUAGGAAGCAGGGCCACACCUGCAUGUGUGGACUCACAGGGGCUACACCUGGGGAAGGGGCAACAGCUGCCUAUCGGAGACACAUCAGGGAGGAGAGAGCCACAGGUGUAUGAAGAAUAUGACGGGAUGAGGGGUCCAUGACUGAAUGCGUCCCAGGAUGGAGCCCCCACCUGGCAUGACGGUGGGGCAGGAGGAGCAGGGGGAGCAGGAGCUGCUGGAGCGGGCCUUCUUCUCCUGGGCUGAGUUCAGCCGCUUCUUCGACGCAUGGUGCCAGCAGCGGCUGGCACUCUUCUUUGUCCAGAGCUCCAUGCACCUGACACGCUGCCACUGGGCCAGGCUGCCGCCACUGUACACACUCAUUGACGUGCUUAAGUACAGCUAUGUGCGGCUGGUGUGCAAGGAUGUGCGUGCUCCCAGCCGGCCUGCCAUGGGGCACCACGAGGCUGGCUGCCCUGCAUUCAUCAUCAUCAAGCUGAGCCCCCUGCGGGACCGCCUCGUGGUGACGGAGUGCCAGCUGACCCACUCACACCCAGCCUGCCCCAUCGAGUUCGCCUACUACUUCCGCCCUGGGCGUCUGUUGGCCAACACCUGCCUGCCCGUGCGCACCACCAACAAGAUCUCCAAACAGUUCCUGGCCCCAGCGGAUGUACACCGCCUGCUUUCCUACUGCAAGGACCGCGACCACAGCGUUAUUGAUGCCCUUCGAGUGCUGGAGGGACUGUUCCAUGCGGACCCUGAGGCCAAGGUGAAGCUGGUGUUCAUGGAGAACCAGGCGGUGGUGGAGACCGUGUUCCUCCUGACCUCACGCACGCGGGCGCUGUUGCGGCGCUUCCCGCGCAUGCUCCUGGUGGACCGGCUGCCGGGACUAGGCCUGUGGCCGCGGCUGUGUCGUCUUGCCGGCGCCUUGUCACCUGCCGCCUACGCCGAGGCGCUGGCGGAGCUGCGAGCCCACGGCCCAGCCGCCUUCGUCGACUACUUCGAGCGCAACUGGGCGUCCCGCCACGACAUGUGGGUGCGCUUCCGCGCCUUCGAGGCAGCUCGCGACCUGGACGCGUGUGCCCUGGUGCGCGGCCACCGCCGGCGCCUGCUGCGCCGCCUCAGCCCCUCGCGCAGCAUGGCACAGUGCCUUCGCGACCUGGUGGCCAUGCAGUGGGCUGAUGCGUCCGGAGAGGUGGCGCUCGAUGGCCUCGAAGGAGGUAGUCCAUGGCUGGAGGGGGAACGGGGGAGGGGAGCCCAGGUGGAGAACGAGAGAGCAAAGGGCCUGGAGAAGGGAGACUGGGGAGGGGCCCCAAAUGAAGGAAGCGUUUGGAAAGGCGCCCAGUUGGAGUGGGCCAGAGAACUGGAGAACAGAGACCGGGGUGGGACUCAGUUAGAAAGUGAGAAGGAGAGAGGGGUGCACAUCCGAUGUUGGAGAGGCGUCCAGCUGGAGAACCAUAAGGUGAAAGGGCUAGAAGGGAGUGUCUGGGGAAGGUCCCAGCUGGAGAAAGAGCACUUGAGGGGGCUAGAGAUCAGAGACUGGAGGGGGGCCCACCUGGAGGGUGUGAAUGACUGGGGGCUGGGCGGUUAUGUCUGGAGGGGAGCCCACUUGGAGGACCAGGGCCUGAGAAGAUUGGAAGGGUGUGCCUGGAGGAUGGCCCAGCUGGAGGAGCGAAGGAUUCGAGUUCUGCAGGCCACGGACCAGAGGAGGACUCAGCUUGAUUAUGAGAGGGCCAGGCGCCUGGAGGGGAGCACCUGCAGGGGGGUCCAGGGACAUGAUGCAAAGGUCCCUGGACUGAAAACCAGGGACCAGAAGGUGCCUCAAGUGGAAGCAGAGAAAGGAGGGAGGUUGGAGGUCAGAACCUGGAGGGGGGUCCAUUUAGAGAAGGCCCGGGGGUUGGUCCCUGAGAACAGAGACCAAAGAGGGCCCCACUGGGGAGAGGAGAGGAGAGGGCCAGAAAUUAGAGAAGAGAGAGGAGUGAGAUUGGGGGUCAAAAGAAGAAGGGACCUGGAGGACAUAGUUCUGGUUCAGCUGGGAGACACAAGGGUGACAGGCCUAGAGAAUGGAGAUGGAGGGGGAGCUCGGUCUGGGGGUCCCAAGAGCAGAGGAGGGCAGGGAAGGGAGUGUGUGGACACCGGAGGGAGGUGUCUAGGGCUGGGGAAUGGAGUCACGCGUGGCACCCCUAUGGGGACUGUGUUUGAGGAUGAUCCACAAUGGGUAGUGACAAGAAGAGCGUGCCUGGCUGCAGGGGACAGCCUGCAGGAAGUAAGUGAAGGAGAAGGCCCAAGGGAACCAAAGAGACCUUGUUGCCCGUCAGGACCGAAGGAGGUGGACUGGGAGCCGCUGGCCAAGUUCCGAGCAGCUUGUGGGCCAGAGCUGGCCGACCUGGUGGCCGAGGAGCUGGCCUUUGCCAGGCAGCAUGGGACCCGGGGUUUCCAUAUGACUGGAGCUGGCUUUGCCCUUAAGGACGGCACCUCGGACUUCUUCCUGGACGGGGCCCUGACGCGCUGCAGCUGCUCCAUCCACGCCGCCCGGCAUCUGCCCUGCCGCCACCUCUUCGCCGCACGCCUCCUCACCGGGGCGGCCUUAUUCCACGUGGACCUGCUCAGGGACUGCUGGGGGAGAGCCCCGGAGUCCUGACCCUCAGGCUCCUGCCCGCCACUCUCCACUGUGAAGGCGGGGGGCAUUCCGUGACCCCAAAGAUAAGGCUGAGGCCCAGGAGGCCACCCCAGCCCCUCUGGUUACUUCCUGGGCCACCCAGGAACCUCGUCUUGGCAGUUGGCCUCUUUGGGUCCCAGGGGAAGUUGUCAGUG